AUGCAUCUAUUUCCGCAUUGUUUCUUUGUUUCUUUCUUUUCUUGCUUUUCUUUCUUUUCUUUCUUUUAUAGUUUUCUUAGCCAAAUACAUUCUUUCUUUCUUUCUUUCUUUUUUUCUGUUGUUUUAAACUGUCUUUCUUUGUUUUCUUGCCUUUCUUUCUUUUAUAGUUUUCUUAGCAAAAUACAUUCUUUCUUUCUUUCUUUCUGUCUGUUUUUUAAAACUGUUUUUCUUUCUUUUCUGGCUUCUUUCUUUCUUCCUUUUCCUUCAAUAGUUUCUUUUCUAAAUUCUUUCUUUUUUUUUCUAUGUUUUUUUUUUCUUCUAAAUUCAUUCUUUCUUUUUUUCUAUAUUUUCUUGUCUAAAUUCUUUCUUUUUCUUUCAAUGAUUUUCUUCUUUUCUUUCUUAGCUUUUUUUCUUGUUUUUUUUCUUCGUUUUUUAUCUUCGUUUUUUUUCUUUGUUCUUUUUUUCUACAUUUCUGACGCUCAUUUUAACGAUACUUUACUAAAAUCUUUCUUUCGUUGUUUUCCUUUUUCACGAUUUUCUUUUAUAAAUUCUUUCUUUCACUUUGCUCUUUUCUUUCUUUUCUGUCCUUAUGCUUUUAUUAAUUGCUUUUCUAAGUGUUAUUCUUCUAAAAUCUUUCUUUGUUUUUUUUUCUGGAUUCUUUCUUUCCUUUUAUUCUGCUUUGAUUUUAUUGUUUUUUUUCUUCUUCUUAGUCUUUCCGUUCUUUCAACUUGCUUUGCCCUUUCUGGUCUUUCCGUUCUUUCAUUCAAUUUGCCGCCUCCUUUCUUUUGGUGUAACUCCGCUUCAUUCAAUACGUCUUUUAAAACUGACCGGCAUGUCACGUGGAUACAUAAUCAAUCUUACAGAUUAAUUGUUCAAUCCCUGUUUCUAUCUAUCUAUCUAUCUAUCUAUCGGUUUAUUUUCUAUCUAUCUAUCUAUUUAUUUAUCUAUCUAUCUAUCUAUCUAUCUAUCUAUCUAUCUAUUUUAUUUUCUAUCUAUCUAUCUAUCUAUCUAUCUAUCUAUUUUCUUUCUAUCUAUGUAUCUAUCUAUCUAUCUAUCUAUCUAUCUAUCUAUGGGUUUAUUUUCUAUCUAUCUAUCUAUCUAUCUAUCUAUCUAUGUAUCUAUCUAUCUAUCUAUCUAUCUAUGGGUUUAUUUUCUAUCUAUCUAUCUAUCUAUCUAUCUAUCUAUCUAUCUAUCUAUCUUGGGUUCAUUAUUAUCUAUCUAUCUAUCUAUCUUAGGUUUAUUUUCUAUCUAGUUAUCUAUCUAUCUAUGGUUCAUUUUCUAUCUAUCUAUCUAUCUAUCUAUCUAUCUAUCUAUCUAUCUAUGGUUCAUUUCUAUCUAUCUAUCUAUCUAUCUAUCUAUCUAUCUAUCUACAUAUGGGAUCAUUUGUUAUCUGUGUUCAUUUUCUAUCUAUCUAUUUGCAUACAUCUAUCAAUCUAUCGCAGAUUGUUCAUAUCUAUCUAUCUAUCUAUCUAUCUAUCUAUCUAUCUAUCUAUCUAUCUAUCUAUCUAUCUAUCUUAG